AUGAUGAAGCAGGACCACAUCCCUGUCCCUUACCAGCCAGACUCUAGCAGCAAUCCCUCAUCCACAACGUCCUCCACGCCCUCCUCGCCAGCACCCCCCCUCCCUCCCAGCGCCACGCCGCCUUCUCCCCUGCACCCUUCCCCUCAGUGCACGAGGCAGCAGAAGAACUUCAACCUGCCAGCGUCCCACUACUACAAAUACAAGCAGCAGUUCAUCUUCCCAGAUGUGGUGCCGGUGCCAGAGACCCCGACCCGGGCGCCCCAGGUCAUCCUGCAUCCAGUGACCUCGAAUCCAAUCUUGGAAGGAAAUCCAUUACUUCAAAUUGAAGUGGAGCCAACCUCAGAGAAUGAAGAGGGCCACGAUGAGGCCGAAGAGUCGGAGGACGACUUCGAGGAGAUGAACCUGUCCCUGCUCUCAGCCCGGAGCUUCCCGCGCAAGGCCAGCCAGACCAGCAUCUUCCUGCAGGAGUGGGACAUCCCUUUUGAGCAACUGGAGGUCGGCGAGCUCAUCGGCAAGGGCCGCUUUGGGCAGGUGUACCAUGGCCGCUGGCACGGCGAGGUGGCCAUCCGGCUGAUCGACAUCGAGAGGGAUAACGAGGAGCAGCUCAAGGCCUUCAAGCGGGAGGUGAUGGCCUACAGGCAGACACGCCAUGAGAACGUGGUGCUCUUCAUGGGCGCCUGCAUGAGCCCGCCCCACCUGGCCAUCAUCACCAG